AGGCUCUCUCGGGUUGGCCGCCAGCCAGAUCUCUGCCUGCCCUCCACCAUUCUAAUUCUACAUUUGGCGCCAAAGGGCUCGGUCAAAAACUAUCAGAUACUUAGGUCUAUCUUCUCCCCAACAAAUACAUUUAUUACGAAGCAAUGUACAUUGACAGUCGGAGUUGUUCCUUUGACAAUGCAGGCGGCCGGUGCUCGCUACCAAAGUGUGAUACCAUUGCUAUAACUUUACACGAUACUAUUGAAGAAUGGGCGCCAGUACAGGAUAGCCAUCUUUUAAACGUAAAGAAUGAGGUUGUGUUACGUCCAACUGAAGACAACUGUCAUUGUCGGCAUUGUAUGGCUGUUUCUAUUGGACACUGAAGCCAUGAGACAGACACGUUACAGACACCGGACGUCUCCAGAAACAGGACGGCGGACAACAGACAGACGCCGUGGAUCUGUGAAAGCUAGAAUGCGAACACAAACAUUACCUCCGUUUGGCGAUGAACAAACCCCUAUCAAAGACUCGCGGAGGGCGCUUGGAGCAAAAGUUAAUGAUAUUAUUCGUCCAACAAGGGGGAAAAAGAAUUCAUUUGUGAUUACUAAACGGCGACAUUUAAAGAAAGAAUGGUGCAAAACUCAGCAUUUCACACAGGUAGUUCGAGAGCCAGGGUGCCUUAGCCGGACUAUAAUCAACAACUUCUGUUACGGCCAGUGUAAUUCUUUCUUCAUUCCUAAGUCUGACCGUCGUGACCUCAAGGAGGCAGCGUUUGUGUCCUGUGGGUUUUGUAAGCCAAGGGCCUUUUCGACCAUCCGGGUGACACUCAUGUGUCCUGGGAAACACUACAGACUCAAGCGAAAACGCAUCCUAAAAAUCAAAAAGUGUCGUUGUAUGGCACAAAAGGUGGACAUGAACGUGUGACAGUGUGGUCAAGCACGUGAUCGCGUGUGGUAGAUACAUCCUGAUCUAGCAGCUGGUGUCGUAAAUGUGUGAUACCUAACUGGAGCUUUGCGACUAAAAUCCAAUCGUCGUCCGUCAAUUCCGGUGGAAUUGGCAACUGUAACGGGUACGGAAACAUUUUUUGUUUGUUUUUGUUUUCCAAAAUAUAUGAUCAAAAUUCUUUCUCAAGUGCAAUAUUGUUCGUGUUACGUGUAGACUUCUGACUCAAGUGUCCUUAAUGCGUUUGUGACUAUUGGAUGUUGUGUACCUGGAUUGGCCGGGUGUCGGCCGAGAACCGGACGGAUAUAUAGGGCAGAGCCGUGAGUUAUACGAUAAAUGGGAAAUAGAUUACUAUUUAAUGUCCGCUAUGGCGACAAUACAAACGCUAUAUUCUGUUGACACUCAAAUUAUUUUAAAUGUCAGAUAACUGUUUUGUCUAUCAAAGUUAUUUAUUUUGUACAUGUAUGUCAAAUAAAACAGAUUUUACAAAAGUGACA